AUGGCGGCCCCGGCCCGGACGGCCCGGACGCUGGCAGCCCCCGGUCCUCGGGCGCUGGCCGGCCUCUUGCUCCUAGCGGGGAUCCUCAGGGCCCAAGGAACGGAUUUGUCAGUACUUUCUGACCCAGCGCCCACCUCCUCCUGGAACAUUUCAAGCGAAGCGGACAAAGAUUCCUCCCUGACACUUGACGAACCGAUGAACAACAUCACUACGUCCUUGGGCCAGACGGCCGAGCUGCACUGCAAGGUUUCCGGGAGCCCCCCGCCCACCAUCCGCUGGUUCAAGAACGACGCCCCCGUGGUCCAGGAGCCCCGCAGGAUCUCCUUCCGGGCCACCAGCUAUGGCUCGCGCCUGCGGAUCAGGAACCUGGACACCACCGACACUGGCUACUUCCAAUGUGUGGCGACUAACGGCAAGAAAGUGGUAUCCACCACUGGAGUCCUGUUCGUCAAAUUUGGCCCCCCUCCUACGGCAAGCCCGGGAGCGUCAGAUGAAUACGAAGAAGACGGAUUCUGCCAACCCUAUAGAGGAAUUGCCUGUGCCCGAUUCAUUGGGAACCGCACGGUGUAUAUGGAAUCUCUGCACAUGCAGGGAGAAAUUGAAAAUCAAAUCACAGCCGCCUUCACCAUGAUCGGCACGUCCAGCCACUUGUCGGACAAAUGCUCGCAGUUCGCCAUCCCAUCCCUGUGCCACUACGCCUUCCCCUACUGCGACGAGACCUCGGCGGCGCCCAAGCCCCGCGACCUGUGCCGGGACGAGUGUGAGAUCCUGGAGAACGUCCUCUGUCAGACCGAAUACAUCUUCGCCCGCUCCAACCCCAUGAUCCUCAUGAGGCUCAAGCUUCCCAACUGCGAGGACCUGCCCCAGCCCGAGAGCCCGGAAGCGGCCAACUGCAUCCGGAUCGGCAUUCCCAUGGCCGAUCCCAUCAACAAAAAUCACAAGUGCUACAACAGCACGGGAGCAGACUACCGAGGCACCGUCAGCGUGACCAAAUCGGGCCGCCAGUGUCAGCCGUGGAACUCGCAGUAUCCCCACACGCACACGUUCACCGCCGUCCGCUACCCGGAGCUAAACGGCGGACACUCCUAUUGCCGCAACCCGGGCAAUCAGAAGGAAGCCCCAUGGUGCUUCACCCUGGACGAAAAUUUCAAGUCCGACCUCUGUGACAUCCCCGCGUGCAAUUCUAAGGAGUCCAAGGAGAAGAAUAAAAUGGAAAUCCUUUACAUACUAGUGCCCAGUGUGGCUAUUCCCCUGGCCAUAGCCCUGCUGUUUUUCUUCAUCUGUGUCUGCCGUAACAAUCAGAAGGCGUCCUCCCCGCCAGUUCAGAGGCAACCCAAGCCCGUCAGAGGUCAAAACGUCGAGAUGUCAAUGCUGAAUGCCUAUAAACCAAAGAGCAAGGCUAAAGAGCUACCGCUGUCUGCCGUGCGUUUCAUGGAGGAACUGGGAGACUGUGCCUUCGGCAAAGUCUACAAGGGCCACCUCUACGUCCCGGGCAUGGACCACACCCAGUUAGUGGCGAUCAAGACCCUGAAAGACUUUAACAACCCACAGCAGUGGGCGGACUUCCAACAGGAAGCGUCGCUCACGGCCGAGCUCCACCACCCCAACAUCGUCUGCCUCCUCGGCGUGGUGACCCAGGAACAGCCGGUGUGCAUGCUCUUCGAGUACAUGAACCAGGGCGACCUCCGGGAGUUCCUCAUCAUGCGGUCUCCCCACUCGGACGUCGGGUGCAGCAGCGACGAGGACGGCACCGUGAAGUCCAGCCUGGACCACGGGGACUUCCUGCACAUCGCCAUUCAGAUUUCCGCGGGGAUGGAGUACCUCUCCAGCCACUUCUUCGUGCACAAGGACCUGGCGGCCCGCAACAUACUGAUCGGAGAGCAGCUGCAGGUGAAGAUCUCCGACCUGGGCCUCUCCAGAGAGAUCUACUCCGCGGAUUAUUACCGGGUUCAGAGUAAGUCCCUGCUGCCCAUCCGCUGGAUGCCCCCGGAAGCCAUCGUCUACGGGAAAUUCUCUUCCGAUUCGGACAUCUGGUCCUUCGGCGUGGUCCUGUGGGAGAUUUUCAGCUUCGGGCUCCAGCCGUACUACGGAUUCAGCAACCAGGAGGUGGUCGAGAUGGUCCGGAAGCGACAGCUGUUACCCUGCUCGGAAGACUGCCCUCCUAGGAUGUACGGCCUGAUGACGGAGUGCUGGAACGAGGUUCCCUCUCGGAGGCCGAGGUUUAAAGACAUCCACGGCCGGCUGCGGUCUUGGGAGGGGAUUUCCAGUCACAACAGCUCCACCACUCCUUCUGGGGGGAACGCCACCACCCAGACGACUUCCCUCAGCGCCAGCCCCGUGAGCAACCUCAGCAAUCCCAGGUACCCCAAUUUCAUGUUCCCCGCCCAGGGUAUGCCACAGGGCCAGAUCGCCGGUUUCAUCGGCCCGCCGUUACCUCAGAACCAACGCUUCAUCCCCAUCAACGGCUACCCGAUCCCGCCCGGCUACGCGGCCUUCCCGGCUGCCCACUACCAGCCCCCGGCCCCGACCAGGGUCAUUCAGCACUGCCCCCCGCCCAAGAGCCGCUCGCCGAGCAGCGCGAGCGGGUCGACCAGCACGGGUCACGUGACUAGCUUGCCCUCUUCGGGAUCUAAUCAGGACGCCAAUAUCCCCUUGCUCUCCCACGUGUCCAUCCCCAGUCACCCGAGCGGAAUGGGCGCACCCGCUUUCGGAAACAAAACUCAGAAACCGUACAAAGGGGACUCCAAGCAGCCGUCUCUACUCGGGGACUCCAACCUCCACGGGCACACUGAAUCCAUGAUUUCCGCAGAACUCUAAGCGCCUCGCGCUUCUGUAAAUACGAUAGGCGUUUCAUACCGGAAAGGCGGAGAGAAGAUGUAUAUGCAAAUAUUUUAUUAAAAUAAGAUUCUUCUGGUUCUUCAGCAGACAUGGCUACCAGUAUCUUCUGUGAAGUUUAACGGUAUUCUUAGCAGGGAAGGCUAACACCAGCCAGCUCGAAAGAGAGGAGAGGAAAGGGCACUGUGGUCUUAACACUACAUCUGUUGGGAGAACCUGGCACCAGGAUGGUGUCCCUCUGUUUCAGCACGAGAAAGACUGUGAUGUCGUGAAGAAAAAGAAAGAAGACCCCGUGACAGAUUAUCCGACCGGAAGAGAAAAGAGCCAAAUGGGGCUUGAGGCGUUACUCGAUUUCGGCCUCUUUGGCCGUAACGUUCCCCAAAUAUUUUCUUGCAUUUGUCCACCGGCGAGGAUGCCGGUUUCUCUUUUGGGACAGACGUCCAGACUUGCUGGGACAGGUAAUUCAGUGAACGAGUCGAAAUGUUCAGCGCGAUCGAUUUCAACAUUCUCCACUGGAAAAUGCCGUUUCCAGUGACUGAGGUGGACGGGUCACGUUUGACAUCGAGAGCGGCGUCAAGCCACCGGCCCAGGAGAGGUUUCCCGCCGAGCCUUCUCCUUGAUGGAGAAUGUCGGGGCGGCCCGGAGGAUCCCGACACCUCCCUUGGGAGGCCUUCGGCGGGGCCUCGGUAGAUCCUCCCCAAACCUUCCUCAGGCCAGGAGGAAUAUGCCCCAUCCACGCUUUCUCCAGCCCUGGUCAAGUGAGGACAAAAGCACCGUUAAGGAGACUGGAUUCAAACAGUGGCACACCUCCGGUGGGAUCUCUUUGACCCUCCGGAGCUGGGGCAGAAGAACUGAGGGAGGGGCGGCCUCCCGCCCCAGUUCGGAGAAGCAGAAGUCUGUGGAACUGAGCAGAGACAGAGCUCAUGGCUUCCUUGCCUGGCGGGGAAGACCCCGUCCAGAGACGAGCCUGAGGGUGGAAUUUCGCCUGGCCGAGUAUGGCGACCAGCGGGGCUGUGGAAGUGUCUUACACAGCAGGUCGAUGUUCCCACCUCAGCACUGAUUUGUACCUUCCCCAAGUGCCGAGAGUCAGAGGGGAGGAGAGGGAGCCCGAGGAGUAAAACCUUGGUGGCCCCAACGUCCUUUUCUGGCCCAGUGGGACCCCGAUGACAGCCAGGUUCUUAAUUCUGUUCCGGGUGAAUUUAAUUUCCUCUUGAGGGGAGUUGAAGAGAUUGUAUUCUCAUCCCUAAUUCAUAGGGGAAUAUGACCUCUGUGAUUAUUUUAUUAUCCAGAGGCCGUCGCCUCGUAUUUUUCAGUUACUGUAACUUGGAGUGGGGUCACAGGUUGAGGUCAUUUUACAGAUCGCCAAAAGCCAUACCCCCUAAAAAAUCGAUGGAAGCCCCGUAUUUCGAUCUGUCAUGCUUAGGAUGACCGAUCUAUCGAUGGUAUAUCUUGGGCGGGGGGAGGUCAAGGGCGUGCAGAUGUGCUUGACUGAGCUUAGAAUUCCACAAUUUUAGUUUCAGUUCAGAAAGUUUUUGGAUGUUUAAUUCAGUUUCCUGCAUCUAAAGAGACUGACAGGGGUUGCGGAAGCUCCUGCAGACAACAUUUGGAUGAGGUAAGUGUCAGAGAAGGAGAAAUGCAAUGAGGAAAUUUCCACCAGGACUAUACAGGAGGGUGAAAAAUGUCAGGAGCCAAUGCUUGGUGAGAUGGGUGAUGGGGAGAGUCGGCACACGACAGCAGCAGCAAGUUUACAUGUACCGGGAAAACCCAUGGAAGCUGGGUCUAUCCAAGUGUACGGACAAGUCAGUGAAAUUAAGAGUUUUAAUUUCAUAACAAAUAAGCUGAUUCGAAAGUUACAUUUCUUGAUUUUAGGGGAGGUAGUCAGGGCCGAAUAUUUGUAUCCUUUUGUUGCUAUGCAACGGUUUAAUGAUAAAGUUUCAAGCCACAGUUUUAGAGAUGUUCAUUGACAAUCAUUUUUUCCCCCAAGAAUAUUUAUUAUGUUAGCUCAUUUCAUCAUUUCAAUGAGUCUGAAUGGUUCAGUAAUCCCCAUAAGGGAGACUGGAGUUCCAAGAGCCACUGAAAAAGUUCUCUGAAAAAAUGUUUUGGCGACCUAAUACCAUCAGUUAGAUUGAACUUUUCAUAGCGGCGGACAUUUUGAGCAUUUAUGUGAUUACUGAAAUUCAGGUAUGAUAACGAUCUAGAUUUUUGAAACCACUCUUGAAGAUUCACAAAAAUCACCGAAUCUCUUUUUUGUAUUAAAAUCAUAUAUUUUUCACAUACCGAAAAGACUUUUUUGCUCCUUUGACGGUGUUGUACGACUUAAUUUUCAAAUUUUUUUGCACAAAAUGGCGUUCGUGUUUUGUAAAGCAGACGUGAAAAUAUAGUUCUGCAUUUUAUAUCUUGGUCUGUUUCUCUUUUUUUAAACUUGAUGUAGAUUUUUUUCAAAUACAUAAUGGCAGUACAAACGACCUGCCACUUUGAUAUAUUUUUCUGUUUUCACUGCAUGCAUUUAAUCACUGUAUUACUUGAUGUUUGAUUAAUUAUGGGCAUUUCAAUUAGGCAAGCAUGAAAAUGUAAUAAUGAAAGCCUAUUUUAUAUUGAGGUUAUAUACAUUUUGUAUUUCACACACCAGAGAUAUUAAACACUGAUUAUUUUAUGCUGCUGUUAUUAAAACAUGUUUUUAAUAUAAAUAU